GAAGGAGAGGUUGUCUUCAUAGAAGGGCCCUAUGCAAGACACUUUUACAGUCCAACACCAUGUCUGGCUUGAGCUCACUAACCAGAAGAAGCAUAACAUUGAGAUUGCCCUCCUUGUGCCUGAGAGUGAUAGGACAUUCAAUAGGCUUGCUAGCUCAGAGAAUCUACUAUGGGUAGGGCAUAAGGCGAUCGCGACCCCAAUGAUUAUGGUCAAGGAGGAGCACGGACAACCCCAUCAGUCUCAACAACAUUUGAACAUGGUUGACUUAGUGGCCCAUCAUAUGGAUCGUAAAGACAUGAUCCCAAAGAUGAAUAUCAAGAGGCCUCGGGAUCUGAAGGAGAGGGAUUUGAAGAAAGCAAAGACUGGAUCUUCAGGGACGAAGAAGACUCCCCUGUAACUUUGAUGGUCAAAUUG